CUGGUUUCCGCUCCAAACCCACGUGAGGUGCAUGUACAGUUAGGGUCCGGCAUGUUGAAUUAGUGGCUGAUGAUUAUAUCAUUUCCGGGAAGUCCAAAAGACGUUGGCUUCGAGGAUGGAGGUUCCACCUACGUGCUUUUCGUCAGAAUACGAUUUCUGCUCUGACUGCGGUUCUGUGCUGCCUCCCCCAGGUGUCCAGGAUACAGUAACGUGCCCUCGAUGUUCAAAUCGUACACAAGUAACAGUGUUCCUCGGGAAGUAUGUUCAGACGUCUGUGGUGUUUAACAACCUCGAUACCCUUGCGCUGCCAAAUGAGACUGAUGAGACAGGCGCAUUAAAAGGACCACUGAUUGACAGGCGUUGCUCACGCUGUGGAUUUGAGAAGAUGGUUUAUCACACCAGACAAAUGCGAUCUGCAGAUGAGGGUCAGACUGUGUUCUAUACCUGUACACAGUGCCGUUUCCAGGAAAAGGAAGAUUCUUGAUGCCCUAAUAUACAGUGUGAGAUAAUGUGAUGGCAACAUAUUGACUAAUGGAGAUGGAUCAACUCGUCCCGAGGUUAUGUGUAAUCUCUUUGUAAAUAAAGCAUUAUUUUUUUGUAGC